AUGCUUCAUAUGAUUCAACGCCUACGAUCCACAUUCAAUUCUGCUGAAUAUGACGAUAUGUCCUACGAUCUUGCAUCUGCCGAGCAGCCCGCCUACGCUCCAUUCUUCGGCUACAUGGGUGCGGCAUCUGCACAGAUCUUCACCGUACUCGGAGCCGCAUACGGUACCGCGAAGUCAGCAGUCGGUAUUUGCUCGAUGGGUGUGAUGCGACCAGAAUUGAUCAUGAAGUCCGUGAUUCCCGUUAUUAUGGCUGGUAUCAUCGGUAUCUAUGGACUGGUCGUAGCGAUGGUGUUGAAAGGAAAAGUGAGCGCCUCUAGUGAAGGUUACAAUUUAAAUAAGGGAUUUGCUCAUUUGGCUGCUGGCCUGACAUGUGGACUGUGUGGACUCGGAGCCGGAUAUGCUAUCGGAAUUGUCGGAGAUGCUGGAGUUCGUGGAACUGCCCAACAGCCGCGUCUUUUCGUCGGAAUGAUCCUCAUUCUCAUUUUCUCUGAAGUUCUUGGCCUUUAUGGCAUGAUCGUAGCUUUGAUCCUUGGAACAUCAUAA